GCCAGGCCGCGCGGACUACUCAAGAGACGUGCCGCCGCCUGCCCCUUUGCUGCUGCAGCCAUCUCCUUAUCUCUUGCCUUCCUUUCCCGUGGUCUCCUUCUGUGUCGCGGUACGGCAACCUCAGCAUCAACUACAACAACAGCUAAGUGACCGAUUCUGGGACUUGGAGGUGGGGGUCGGGGCGGGCGCCUGGCGCGGACAGCACAAGCGUACCCGCCAUCUCUUUCUAGCUACCACUGCUGCAGUCACCCCUCCCAGACAGGAGAAGAAAGCACUGUCGAGAGGCAUACACUGUCCUGUGCCCGCAGUUAAGAGUUGGAGGGUUUUUGCAAAGCUCUCCUGAGUGCCUUGCUCUUGGAGAAGGGAGGACGCACCCGGUCACUGAGAUCGCGUGAAAAAAAAAAAAUCAUAUCGGAUACUGUUAACUUUUUGUCAGCUUAAUCAAGCAAGGGGCAAUUCUGUCUAAGCCCUCCUAAGCCCUGAGUCAUGUCUCCUCCAACCAUGCCUCCCACGGGGGUAGAUGGCGUGUCCGCAUACCUGAUGAAGAAAAGGCACACCCACAGGAAGCAGCGGCGCAAGCCCACUUUCCUCACUCGUAGGAACAUCGUGGGCUGCCGCAUUCAACACGGUUGGAAAGAAGGCAAUGAGCCAGUGGAGCAGUGGAAGGGCACUGUGCUCGAGCAAGUUUCCGUGAAGCCCACUCUUUACAUCAUUAAAUAUGACGGCAAAGAUAGUGUGUAUGGACUAGAACUGCACCGAGAUAAGAGAGUUCUAGCGCUAGAGAUUCUUCCCGAGAGAGUGCCAACUCCUCGAAUUGAUUCGCGCCUGGCAGAUUCCCUGAUUGGGAAGGCAGUGGGGCAUAUCUUUGAAGGCGAGCACGGUAGGAAAGAUGAAUGGAAGGGUAUGGUGCUGGCACGAGCCCCAGUGAUGGAUACUUGGUUUUACAUCACAUAUGAGAAAGAUCCAGUACUCUAUAUGUACACCCUGCUGGAUGACUACAAAGAUGGUGACCUGCGCAUCAUUCCAGAUUCCAACUACUAUUUCCCUAUGGCUGAACGGGAGCCUGGAGAGGUGGUCGACAGCCUGGUGGGUAAGCAGGUGGAGCACGCCAAAGAUGACGGAUCCAAGAGAACUGGCAUUUUCAUCCAUCAAGUGGUGGCCAAGCCAUCUGUCUACUUCAUUAAGUUUGAUGAUGAUAUUCACAUUUAUGUCUAUGGUUUGGUGAAAACCCCAUAAGGUCAUUGUGCUCUUUGUUGGGGAACAAUUACUUGUAAAAUAUUUUGUAUUUUCAUAAUUGUGAACUUGGAGAACAGUUUUGGCAUCAGAAAUUCAGGAAAGUAAGUAAAUCUUAUUGUGCCUCCAAUUCUUGUAUUGACUAUUCCACAGUUUUGCCCCAAUUAUGGUGGUAAUUUUGAUAUUGCUUGUUCAUUAAUGAGACAUUUAAAUUGGGUGCUAGUAGAAAAUUAAAGUGUCUGUAUUUGUAAUGUAAAAGUAGAUUAACCCUAUUCCAUAUCCUUCUCCCCCAUUUUUUUUCCUUCCUACUUUGUUCUUCCCAGGUGUUGAGAACCAGUCCUACAUUCUUCCAUGUUUUCUUCAUCUUCAUGAAGAUUGUCAUAGUAUUUUAUGUAAAAGCGGCAAGCCACAUGAUUUUCUCUAAUUGCUUUUCUCACUUGACAUGUAGUAACCUGCCAUCAUCCUGGCUGAUCGAUUGCUACAGUCUCUCUGUCUCUCUAACUCUCUCACAUUCACUCUAACAGCUGCAUAUUCAAUACAUGUAGAUGAACCAAAAAGUGUUCAACCUUUUUGUUUUGUUUUUUAAAAUAUUUUAUUAGUUGUCGAUGGACCUUUAUUUCAUUUCAUUUAUAUGUGGUGCUGAGAUUGGAACCCAGUAUGUCACACAUGCUAGGCAGGAGCUCUACCACUGAGCUACAACCCCAGCCCAACAUUUUUGUUAUUGAUGGUCAUUUAUUUCCUUUUUUCCCAUCAUAACUCUACCACAAUACAAAGUGGUACAUUUAUUUCUAUAGGUUGGAUUCUCAGAAAUGCUAACGAGGCAUAUGUUUAAUUUUAAGAAAUUCUACAAGAUUACCAUUCAAAAUGAAAGUACCUAUUUUCAGCAUCCUCUGCAGUAUCAUUUCUUAAGAUUUAAAAAUCUGAAAGGUCAGAAAUUACAUGGUAUUGCCUUUCACUGUGAUAGCCUUUUACUUGACUUCAAAGAGGAUUUCUUUUUCUAUUGGAUGGUUCUCUUUUGUGAUUUGACAAUUACUAUCUUUUGUACAUUCAUCUAUUGAAUUGUUGAUCUUUUUCUUAAAAUUUUGUAGGAAUUCUUGCUAUAAAGUGCAUUUAAUCAUUUGUAGCUCAUGUGUUAUGAUUUUUCUAUUAUAUAAUUAAUCUUGACUUUAUUGGUGAUGGCUUUUGUUUCAUAAUUGUAAGAAAUUUAGUUAGACCAUUAUCUCUUUUAUAACUUUUGUUUCCUGUUAUUUUCCAGAUGUACGUCCCCAUCCUAUGUCAUACCAAUAUUCACCUACAUUUUAUAAUAAUUUUAUUAUUGUUGAAGUUUAAAUGUUUGAUUCAUCUGAAAUUUAUUCUGGUAUAUGGUAUAAAAUAGAGAUCCAACUAUAUAUUUCAUUCACAUUGGAUAUCCAAUUAUACCAUUUAUUUUUAAAAAACCACCAAUUUUUUAAUUUCUAAGCCAAUAUCACAUAGUUUGUAAUAUACUGACUAAUGAUAAGUUUUAGAAUCUGGUAAAGCAGUUUCUCAUUCAUUAGUUUUUUGGUGUUCCCCCCGCCAGUGUAAUUUGUCCUCCAUAUUAAUUCUUUCAUAUGAAAAUUAAUCUUUUUUGUCAUUAACAAAGUCUCAAUUAGAAUUGCAUUAAAUUUCUGCAUCUCUCUUUGGAGGAAAACAUAAUAAUAUUAAUUGUCAACACUCAAGUGUUUUGAAAUAUCGUUGAAAUCUUUUGAUCUUAUUUCAUAGUAUUCUUCAUAUAGGUCUAUCAUGUAAAAUUGAUCUAAAUUUUAAGUAUUUUUAUAGUUGUCACAUUUUGACAUUUUGAAUUGGAUAUAUUUUCCUCCUCAUUUGUAGACUGUUAUUCUGGGCAAUACAAGUAACCUACAGAUUUUUGUAUUUUUAUCAUUUAUCCAAUGGAUUUAUUUAAUCUUCUAAAUUAUA